UUCAUGAAACAGAGAAGGAUGGGCCUGAACGAUUUUAUUCAGAAGAUUGCCAGCAACACCUAUGCAUGCAAACAGGCUGAAGUUCAGUCCAUUUUGAAAAUGUCUCAACCUCCGGAGCCUGAGCUUAUGAACACCAACCCCUCUCCUCCACCAAGUCCCUCUCAACAAAUCAACCUGGGUCCAUCCUUCAAUCCUCACGCCAAAUCCUCUGACUUUCGCUUCUUGAAAGUGAUCAGAAAGGGCAGUUUUGGAAAGGUUCUUCUGGCAAGGCACAAGGCAGAAGAAGCAUUCUAUGUGGUCAAAGUCUUACAGAAGAAAGCCAUCCUAAAGAAGGAGGAGAAGCAUAUUAUGUCGGAGUGGAAUGUUCUGUUGAAGAAUGUGAAGCACCCUUUCCUGGUGGGGCUUCACUUCUCUUUCCAGACUGCUGACAAACUCUACUUUGUCCUCGACUACAUUAAUGGUAGAGAGCUAUUCUACCAUCUCCAGAGGGAGCACUGUUUCCUGGAACCACGGGCUCGCUUCUACGCAGCUGAAAUAGCCAGUGCCUUAGGUUAUCUGCACUCCCUAAAUAUAGUUUAUAGAGACUUAAAACUAGAGAAUAUUCUCCUAGAGUUACAGGGACACAUUGUCCUCACUGACUUUGGGCUCUGCAAGGAGAACAUUGAGCACAACGGGACAACGUCCGCCCUCUCUGGCACGCCUGAGUAUCUCGCUCCAGAGGUUCUCCAUCAGCAGCCGUAUGACAGGACAGUGGACUGGUGGUGCCUUGGGGUUGUCUUGUAUGAGAUGCUCUAUGGCCUGCCUCAGUUCUAUAGCUGGAACACCGCUGAGAUGUACGACAAUAUUCUGAACAAGCCUCUCCAGUUGAAACCAAAUAUUACAAACUCAGCAAGACACCUCCUGGAGAGCCUCCUGCAGAAAGACCUGACCAAGAGCCUGGGUGCCAAGGAUGACUUUAUGGAGAUUAAGAUUAAUAUUUUCUUCUCUUUAAUUAACUGGGGUGAUCUCAUUAAUAAGAAGAUUACACCCCCAUUUAACGCAAAUGUGAGCGGGUCCAGUGACCUUAGGCACUUUGAUCCUGAGUUUAUUGAGGAGCCUGUCCCCAGCUCCAUUGGCAGGUCCCAUGACAGCAUCCUCGUCACAGCCAGUGUGAAGGAAGCCGCUGCAGAAGCCUUCCUUGGCUUCUCUUGCGCACCUUCCAUGGACUCCUUCCUCUCAGUGCUCCCAGGAUGGUUCUGA